AUGGCCGACUUCGUAAAGGGGCUCUUUGGCGGUCAGCAGAAGGUCGCCCAGCCGCACUCGGGCGGCGACGAUGACUUCGCCGACUAUGCAGGCGCACCAGACCCCUCGCCUGCCCUGUCCUCCUUCGCUACCACGGGCGCUGCAUCUGCAGCACCCACCUCAACCGUCGGCCAGGUCCCGUAUACGGCGUGGUACCGCGUGUGGGAGCGCACUUCUAUCGACGACUUCAAGCUAGAGCUCUACGUCCUGCCCUUCAUCCUUGUCGUCGUCGCCGUACAUCUCUGGGGUACGCGCCGCAACCGGAACAAGGCGAACCACUGGAUCAAGUCGCAUGCGCCAGUCUUGCAGCAGGAGUUCGCACAGGUUGGAUAUGUGCGCCCUCAAGCUGGCGUUGACGAUGUGAGCGCCACGGGACUCGCACAAGCGACUGAGAAGGCUAAGCAGGAUGCCAUCAACCCGGCGAAUUUCCUCCGCGAGAAGAAGCCCGAUGAGUUCGCGUCGUACGCUACUGGGCGCGCGAACGUGGCCUUUGUCGACUUCAAGUUGACCCUGGUGAAGCGAUUUAAUCCUCUGAUGCGCUUUGGCGAGCUCAUCAUCUCUCUGUUCUUCGAGAGCAUGCCCGUCCUGGUCGAGCGUAUGGAAGCAACCGCGUACGUCUUUGACGGCCAGGAAGCAAAGAUCGCUCCAGCCAUCGCGAGAGGUGCCGGAGAGAAAGUCUCCAACAGCACUUUCGAUGGCUUCGUAUUCGCUGUGGUGCACAAGGACCUCAUGAAACGUCUCCGCGAGGACCGUUACGACCUCUCCCUGACCGCCAGCAAAGAUCACGCGAAGCUCCCCCUUUGGGUCACUGUUAUGAGCGAGAGCGCUGAGGUUACCGACACUGUUCUUACUCCCGAGCUCAUCAAGGCUAUCAAUGACGCUGGAGACGACUUCGAGGCUCUGGUCAUUACCGACCAGCCCAUGGACCAGCCCAGGAAACUUGACGACACCGUCCCGCGCAAACGUAUCAACCUCUCCAUGAAGCUCAAAUCCGCCGGCACCCCCUACGAUUCUACCCUCCCGCUCUUCACCUACUUCCUGCGCCUCCCUGACUUCCUCGUCUCGAAAGCGCACUUCCGCCCCGAAGCCCUGCGCCGUAUCAAAGCCACGCGCGAGGAGCAGAUCUCCAAGAUCCGUAAGCUCGAUGACGAUGAGAAGGCUGAGGAGCGCAAGCUGGCGUCCGACAAGCUGAAGAAGGAGCAGCGCGAUGCGAAGCUCGGCCGCAUGACGGCGGACGAGCAGAGGAAGUAUCUGGAUAAGGAGAGGGAGAGGGAUGCGAAGAAGAGGACGAAGAAGCAGACUGUCAAGGGGUAG